AUGACAGAAAAUAUAUGCCUCGUGACAGGCGCAAGUGGUUUCAUAGCCAGUCAUGUCGUCCAACAACUACUCGAGAGCGGUCAUCAGGUCCGCGCGACGGUUCGCAGCAUAAAGAACGAGAAAAAGAUCAAACACCUACUCGAUAUGCAGGCCAAAUGGCCCGGGAAAUUGACUUUAUUUGAGGCGGAUCUCCUGAAACCAGGGUCAUUCGACGAGCCAGCCAAGGGCUGUUCGGUGGUAUACCACAUUGCCUCACCCUUUUUUAUCGAGAGUCGGAUCCGUGACGGCCAGAAAGAGGUAGUCGAGCCAGCUCUCAAAGGAACACAACAUGUUCUCGAUGCGGUCCAGAAAUGCGAAACGAUCAAACUAGUCGUCGUCACAUCAUCGGUAGCGGCCAUCUUUGGGGACAACGCAGAUGUGCAGAGUAUGAAGGAUAAUACACUCUCCAGCGAGUAUUUCAACACCACCAGCACCGUCACCCACAAUUCCUAUUCUUAUUCUAAGGUGAUUGCCGAAAAGGAGGCGUGGAAAUACUACGAGGCCCAACCGAGCCCACAGCGCUGGAGAUUAGUGACAAUCAACCCCGGGCUGGUUUUGGGCCCGUCGCUCUCUCCCACAUCAGAAUCUGGCAGCCUGUCUCUACUUGACCAGCUGCUCCGCGGCGAACUGUUCUUGGGAGUUCCAGACCUGUGGUUUGCCACUGUCGACGUCCGAGAGGUUGCCACGGCUCACCUUCGAGUAGCCCAAAACCCGGAUUCGCAUGGUCGCUAUAUCCUAGCCGACAAAGAGACGCAUAGUUUUGUGGAGUUUGCUCGCAUCCUACGCUCACUUGCUCACUCCAGCCGGAUUCCGGAACAUAAGCUUCCAAAUUCGCUGGUGCGUUUGUGUGGACCGUUACUCGGCUUAAGCCAGAAAUGGCUUAAAUUGAAUUUGGGUAUCGGAUUCAAUAUCAACAAUCAUGCCAGUGUGGAGGAGUUAAAGAUCGUUUACCGACCUUUGGAGGAGACACUGGCAGACCAUUUCCGCUCCUGGAGCGCGCAGAGGAAGUCGCAUUAG